AUGAAUUUACAAUACAGUCGCAGCUUUGAAAUCAUAGACGCUAACGACGGAAGCGUAUUAUGUGCAGAUGAGAUAAAAGAAAAGGUUAACCGAGUUAUCACAGUUAUCUCUAAAGCAGAAAUACGGCAGUCGGAUGUGGUUUAUAUCAAUAUAGACAGGGGAUUCGAUGUAGUGAUAGCUCUCAUUGCAUGUCUUCAACUGAAGCUCGCUUUCACGUUCUGCGAAUCAAACGCAUACAUGUAUAAAACUCAUCCAAAUCAUCGAAAAUUCAGAACCACUUUGAUAUUUGAUGGGAAAGAAGUCACUCGAAUAGCAGAGAAUGAGAACGAAAACCAUGAUAUUUGCUAUGUUAUCAAUACUAGCGGAACAUCUGGAAAUGCCAAAAAACAAGUGGCUGUCCCAUUGGAAUGUAUCAAAGUGAACAUUGAACAUUUUUGCACCAUCUUCAAUGUGACACCUUCUGACAUAAUACUCUUCUCAACAUCUCUCCUUUUCGAUCCAUCAAUUGUGGAACUAUUCAUGGCUUUCCACGCUGGAUGCAGAUUGCUCAUAACUCCGGAUAUCUUCAGAAGUGAACCUCAUCGAAUGCAAAAGGCAAUCGAAAAAUACAAACCAACUAUCGCUCAGUUUACUCCAACUGUGUUCGAAAUGCUUCCGUCUCCGGAUUCUUCGCUCUCUUCCACGUCAUCUAUUCGAAUUCUUCUCAUCGGCGGAUCCCAUUUUCCACUGUCUUAUAUCAAUUCUGUCCGAUGUUCUGAUAACGCAACCCGGAUUUUUAAUGUGUACGGAGUUACAGAAGUUUCCUGUUGGGCCUCGUAUUUCGAAAUCGAAAUUGGAUGUAAGGAAGUGUUAAUUGGAAAGGAAAUUAUGGGAACAACACUGGAAGUGGAUGCCAAUUAUCAAUUAACAUUGGGUGGUCCUCGACAGUGUUAUGUGAAUGGAAAUAAGGCGGAAAAACACGAAACAGGGGAUCGAGUGGAAAAAACGAAAAAUGGAGAAUUGCGACUAGUUGGAAGAAUGGAUAGAAUGGUCAAGCAUCGAGGAGUCAGAGUCUGUCUAGAUCAGCUCACCGAACUUAUUCUUAAACAAAAACCAUUGGCUCAAUUGACCUACUCAAUACAUUUCAAAAAUCGAGAUCUUGUCAUUUUUGUUACUGGAGCAAGUACGAGCAAUGAUGUCUCCUCGGUACUGGUUCAACUAGAAACUACCACUUCUGUGAUGGUUCAUAUAAUCCACGUGGAGAGUCUUCCGAUCAAUUCGAGUGGAAAAGUAGAUGAGUACGAGUUGAGAAGGAUAUGUGAAGAAAGAUUCAGUGUGUCACGAGGGGAUAUGGUUAAAAAGUUAUUGAAGGAAAAACUUGGAGUGGUUCUAGAUGAUGUAUUAGAUCAAAGUUUCGUAGAAAUCGGUGUGAAUUCUCUACUGGCAGCUGAGAUAUCAUUGUAUUUUGGAGAUGACCAGGAAAAUGUAACACGAGAAAUUUUGAACAUUAAAACAACGAUUCGGAAAAUUCUGGAAACUUUUGGGACAUCUUCUUGUUUUGUAGAAGAGGAAACAGGUCUACAAAUCAGGGUAUCAAAAAAGCAACAACCGAAAAUGAAGUGGUCUGUGGAUUUGGGAAAAUGUAUAGAUGGAAAUAUUCUAGUGAUUCGAAAUGAUCUGGUAGUUUGUGCAUCUCAUUCCGGAGUGAUUGUUGCGAUGAAUCCUAAAAAUGGUCUUUGCUUAUGGAGAACAGAAUGCAAAGUUCGAUUUGAGUGCUCUCCAAUUUUAGCAAAUCGGCGAAUUGUAAUUGGAUCCAAGAAUCAUGGAUUAUUUUUCCUAUGUCUGGAAACUGGGAAAAUCCUCAAAGUCAUAGAUUUAGCAGUUCGUUCCACAUGCACUUCCAAUGAAAAUAUCAUUUACUGCUCAACCAAUGAUGGAUAUUUUCAUUCUAUCGAUCCAGAAAGUUUCUCCUUGAUCUCUUAUCAACAGAUUGAACCAAACGGAGGUGGAACAUCCGUUGGGCCUUUUAUUUCUCCAGAUGGCUCUGCAAUUUUUGCAACAACGACCUCUGGAUUAUUUUCUAAAAUUUUUUUCAAAAUUACGGUAUGCAAACUUCCAAAAUUCGCCACUCCAUUUAGAGUAUUUAAUUUUCAGAAUCUCCAUGUUUCUUUCCAAAAAAAAUUUGGACCAAUAUUCUCGGAACCACUAUUUCUAGAGGACAACACAGUUUUGGUAACAUCGGUGAAUGGAGUUUUAACAAUUAUAAAUUCGGACUCUGGGGAAGAGAAGGUUCAAAAAUUUAAAACCCAAAGCUUCUAUCCUAGAGAUUUUCAGGAUUCGAUAUCAUUGAAAAACGAGCAUUGCUUCUGUGCUCCAUUGAAAAUCGGACCCAAAAUCCUUGUUGCCACUCAGUCUGGAAAAAUCAUCCGUUUAGAUAUAAAACAGAAAUUGAACAUUUCGGAUGUUUUUCGUUUCGAUUUACCGGGAAUCUCAUUUGUCAAGACUCCAAAAAUUCUGAAUUUGUCUGAAAGUCAUGCGGAUCUAAUGAUGAUUUCGAAAAAUGGAUGGCUGAUUUUUGGAAGAUUUCGUAACUUCGAAUCAUUUGAAAAUGUGGCGGCGUUUCCUAUUUCAAAUAAAGAAGUUUUCACAUCGCCGGAAGUUAUUGAAGACGAUGAUAAUGGGAAGAUGAUUCUGAUUGCCGGAAGAGAUGAUUAUUUGAGAUCUUAUUAUUUUGAAGAAAACUACUUGUUUUAG